UUUCCCCUGAAAGGAUUGUGGACAAGCUCCGUUAGAUUUCCAGAGGAAGGGGAUCCGACGAGAAGAAUACAGAAAACGCAGGGGGGAGAUAACGGUGUCAAAUAGUCCACCAUUUUUUCUGUGUUUGUCUCUUCACAUGAAAGGAAAUAAGGACGCGUGUGUCUGCCUUUGUAUUCCGUUCCUUCCCAGACUGAGAGGACUUACACCAUCAGAGGCGAUGAGAUGUGAGUGAGCUAUGCCUUGUGGAAAUGGACAGACUUUAUCCAAGCGAAAACAUGGCGUCUGCGUCCCGAGGUUUAGCUUCUUUUCCAGUCUGCUUGUGGCGCUCUGCUGCCUGGAGGCAUGGGGCUCCGGGCCGCAGGGGGACGGCGGCAGGAGUUGCAGCCCCUGUCCCGUUAACUGCAGCUGUGUGCUGGUGGGGCCCCAGCCGUCCUGCGUCGUUAACUGCUCCAACAUCGGGCUGGAGAGGGCCCCAGCAGCGGCAGACAUCCCGCAGGCCACCAGCGUGCUAGAUCUUUCCAAGAACCACAUUGCCUCCCUUGAUACUAGCCUGCUAGACCGUCUCACUGGCCUCCGAGAGCUGUAUCUACAAGGGAACAAGAUCAACGUUCUCCCCAGAGGAGUAUUCUGCUGUGGACCGCUGUCAAUCAUUGAUUUGAGCAACAACAAAAUCACGGCCAUAGAAGAAAGAAUAUGUGACAACCUGUGCAAUUUAACUCAAAUUGACCUGAGUAGUAACCCCUUCAAGUGUGACUGUAAGCUAUUUCGGCUGGUCAGCUGGCUCCAGGAAAAAGGGGUGCGAGUCCGACACCCAGAUGCCAUGCUCUGCGACCACCCUCCUGAGCUCCUCCACCAGCCCCUGCUCAAUGUCAGCCUGCUCACUUGUGGUCUGAACUAUGCAGCUUGUCUUGAGGACAGCAGCAGUGGGGGAGGGGGACCGAGCGAGCUUGUUAUUUUCUCUUCCUCUACACCCGGAAACUUCACACGUGAACAGUGUAACAGUGUGUGUUUUGCUGCAUCACACCGCUAUGGGGGCUUGGGGGCAAGGCAUGAGUGUCUCUGCAGCACAAACUCAGAGCCAAACUUCAUCAGCGAAUCUCAGUGUUCUGCUGCCUGUACAAACCCCCAUGUUAUGAAGGAAUGUGGGUGGACUCUGGCUAACUAUGUGUUUGAGGUGGACUUUUCGGUCUCAUUGAAGCCUCUCCCACUACAAAGUGUUCAUGACCGCAUCAGUUUCUUCGCCACCUCCUCUGUCACUCCAGUGACACUGUCUUGGGACUUUGGUGACCUUUCAACUCGAGUCAACACUACAGGAGCAGGGGUCACUGCAGCAACUCACAAAUACGGACUCCCGGGACGUUAUGCGGUCAGCGUGAUGGCCUGGGCUGGACACAAAGAGGUGAGAGAGGUCUCUGCACGCGGAGAUGUGACCGUGACACUUCCUCCCAAACUGGAACUGCGCUGUCCACCACUUGCUGUAGCUAAUAAGAGCCUUGAGUUCACACUUGUCAGCUGGGGCGCUGUUGGCGUGGAUGUAGACUGGAGGAUCACAAAGGAUGGCGUCCAGGUUGCCAAAGCCUCCCCUUACUGUCCAAACGAUGGAGUGUACCACGCCGAGUCCUCACGCUGUUUCCAGAUCGUUCCAGGGGAGUUGAGCUGGACAGACGCCCGACAACAGUGUUCAGGCCGCGGUGGGGAUCUGGCAAUAAUCAGGAGUGACACGCUGCGUAAAGUGCUGGCACCCAAAGUCACACAGGAGCGAGGUGUGUGGCUGGGGUUGAGUGAUGUCGACUCUCCAGGCAAACUGCGCUGGAUUAACGGGUCAGAAGCACAAGAGGGAGAGGAAGGCCUGCCACCUCGGUCGCCUAUCAUCCGUGGAAAUAUGUGUGUGUCCCUGGAUCAACGUGGCCAGACCAGCUUACACCCAUGCAAUGCCAAGCGGGCCUGUGUCUGCCAGUACAGCCCCCAAGUGCGUGUUCCUGAUGCGGGGAUCUACGUGGUGGGCCUGCCUGUGUUUCCCUCCCAUAACCAUCUGCACCGUGCCCCACCUGCUCCGCUCUCUACCCCACAACAUCCCAGCGGUGGCAUAGAGGUCCUGUUCUUCCCAGCUCUGAGCUUUGUUCAGGCAGGUCGUCUGUCCUCACUAGAGUUUAUCACUCAAGAGCUCAGCUCACAAAUAAACGUACGAUUCCAGACCUACAGACCUCACUGUCAUUAUCCCGGCCUGCACCUGCUGCUACCCAGUUGUGGAGGUCCAGCAUGUGCUCCGAUGGCUGUUUGUGUUCCCAAUGACACCAAGAGCAGCGAUUCACCCUCUUGCCACCGACUGGAGCAGUGGUGUCCUUUCCAGCAUCGGUGCCUGCCCCUCUCUAGUCCCUGCCAUCCUUCUUCCUGUCCUAACUGCUCCCAGGCUCACCACCUUCCCCCUGGGGCUUUGAGGCCCCGAUACACCUUACAGGAUGAGGUGGUCUUCUCUUUACCAGCGGGACCAGUUGCACAUGUGCUGGUACAGGAACAAUUAGAGGACCUUCUGGUUUCCCCUGGGGAUGUCAUCGCCCUGCAGCACGACGCUGGCCCCGCCUCCCUUCUUCGCUGCCAAUCCUCCCCACACUCACUGUGGCGACAACCUGUUUUAGCCCUCAACCAGUCAGAGUGGUUCUGGAUCAACAACACCAGACAGUCAAUCGACGUCUCAGCUGACCAUGGCGCUGACCUUCUGCCUUACCCAGAGCUUGAUCUGAAGGCGCUGGUGGAGGAUGGUGAGGGAGGCUGGCUGGAGGAAGUAGUUUGUCCUGUCAGAGUGCUCUACAUGGGACACAGUAAGACUCAACUGCAGGGAGCACAGCUGUCUGCUGGUCUACCCCAGCCCGGACUCUACAGUCUCCUGGUGACUUCAGCUGAACCAUCAUACCCAGCUUCAGCAUCUUGCCCGCUGCGGGUGGUGCCUCCUCUGGGUUUGACGAUCCUCCACCCUUCUCCUCAGAAUGGCACCCUCUACCUGCAGCCCAAUGACACCCGACUGUUGCUCCGUGUCCAGUCUAGCUAUGAGACAAAGGCUUCUUGUCGUGGCAGUAAUUGUAGUGUGACCUUCCAAUCUGACUGUCCGAAAGAGUUUUCUUCCCGCCCAGUGCUCUGUCAGCCCGGCCCGAGCCCAGGGUCUGGAGUCGAGGUCCCAGAGCCCAGCCUGUAUGGGGUGCUGGAUCUGGGCCUCAGGAAGGAGGAGGAAAAGAGUCCAAUCCAGGUGGAGCUUGAGGCCCACAAUAAUGUGACGGAGGCCAGCCUGACUGUGGUCGUCCAGCUGGAAGAGCCACUCAGAGGACUGAUGGUGCAGCCGCAUCCUGCACAUAGGGUAUUGAUGGAGUCUGUGGUGAGCUACACAGCAUCAGUGCUUGAAGGCUCCAAUCCCACAUUUAAAUGGACGGUGGAUGAUAAGCCCUACUUCACCUAUUACAACACUGUCCUCAAUGUCAUCUACCAGCAUGCUGCCGUGUACAAGCUCUCAGUGACAGCCAUGAACCAUGUCAGCACCCUCACUGAGCAUUUCAAUGUGACCGUGGACCGGCUACAGCCCAUGGCUAACCUCACAGUGAAGGGUGUGCCAGAUGUGGUCCCUCAGGGCUCCACUCAGACUCUCACCACCUCUGUGCUCGUCGACAUGUCUGUGGCUGCCACCUUCCGAUGGUCUUUUGGUGAUGGUGGAUAUAUGGAGUUCCAAUACAAGCCUCCCUAUGCCCCCUUCCUCAUCUGCCCAGAGUCACCUAAGCAGGUCCUCCUGAGUAACAAUGUCACCUAUGUCUACUCUCAACCAGGAAUAUACACAGCAGUGGUGUCAGUGUCCAAUCGCUAUGAGAACAUCAGCCAGAGCAUAAACAUGAGUGUCUACAGCAUCCUCACCCGUGUUGAUAUACAAACAGAGCCUCGGCUCCUCCUGGCUGGCAAAACAGCUGAUUUUGAAGCUCACCCUCUGCCCUCUCCCUAUGGCAUUCACUAUGACUGGCACUUUGGAGAUGGUUCUGCCCUGCUGCAAGGUCGCCGCGUAGCACACACCUUUGCACAUAGUGGAGUUUUUAAUGUCUGUGUAUCUGUAAAUAACACCAUCAGCUCUACAGAGGUUUGUGCCGAGAUGUUUGUAUAUGAGGAGAUUGAAGAUUUAAAAGCUGAAAGCUCGUCUCCUACAGAGCUCCACAGUCCUACUACAGUAUGGGCACACCUUGCAUCAGGUAACAACAUCACAUGGACGUUCUCCAUGGGUGACGGAACCAUCUAUACAACAUCCGAUCCUAAUGUGUCACACAACUAUAUCAGAAAUGGCAACUACACAGUGAAUGUGACUGCCAUGAAUGCUGUGAGCUCUGGGUGGACAAUCCUACCAGUUCAGGUGUUCGUCUUUCAAGUUCUGAGGGUGGAGCCAUUCGGAUGUGUCCAAGAGCGGACCCCUGUCAACUUUCAGGCCUGGGUGUCCGGUAAUGCAUCAGCUCAUCUGUAUGAAUGGAGCUUUGGGGACGGAAGCCCUAACGAGCCACAACAUGGCAGCGCCAAAAUCACACACACCUACCGGACAAGUGGGAACUAUCUCCUCUCCCUCUUUCUUUCUAGUGGGAUAAACAAGACCACCAAGGCCAACUUCUUCAACUGGGUGUGUGUGCAGCCUGCUUUGACCAAUGUCACCCUUACCCUUCAGAAAUCACACUAUGCAGUCGGGGAGGAGAUCCAGUUCCAGACUCGAGCUGAGCCAAAAUUUAACUACAGUUAUCAGUGGGACUUUGGCAAAGAGGAAGACCUUGUGCUUGUCCGUGGUUCUGGGAAUAUUGUGACAAAGUAUAAAAAUCCGGGGCAUUACAUGGUGACAGUUGUUGUCUCCAAUAAUAUUUCCACCUGUAACACUAGUGUUGUACUGGAGAUUCUGAUGCCUGUAGGACCCAUUGUUAUUCAACAUAAUGGCACCAAGUACAAUAACUUGACUCUCAGAGAACCAUAUGCUUUCACAACAUCUUCCUUGGCCUCCAAUGUCACUUAUGUCUGGAAUUUUGGAGAUGGGCAAUUGCUCACAGGCCAGACUGUCUUCCACACCUACAACAUCUCAGGAAACUACAAUAUUACAUUAACGGCAGCCAACACGGUUGGUAGGAAUCGCACUACCUUAUGUGUUGUUGUGCUUGCACCAAUCUGUGGGCUGACUGUCAAUGCCAGCUUGGUAAAUGUCCCUCUCAAUGCCUCUGUCCACUUUGAGGCCCACAUGGUGGAGGGAGAUGGUGCCCGGUUCUCUUGGAUCUUGUGUGAUCGCUGCUCCCCAAUCCUUGGGACUCACACUAUGUUCUACACUUUCCGCUCUGUUGGCACAUUCAACAUCAUUGUGACAGCAGAGAAUGAUGUAGGAACAGCACAAGCAAGCAUUUUCCUGUUUGUCCAACGUGAGCUGGAGGGACUGCAGAUUCUAACAGAGGAAGCAAUUGGAGAAGGAGGAGGCACAGGAGUGGACGGUUGCUGCUUUGCUACAAACCGCGCUCUCCACUUACAAGCAGGAUUAAAGGAAGGGACCAACAUGACAUUUACUUGGAACAUCAUCCGGGGGCUUGACCCUGCAAGCUCAAGCUUCAACAUAAGUGGGAAGACAGUGGAGGUGAAUUUCUCUACACCAGGACCAUGUGACAUCUUUCUCCAAGCAGCCAACCUCCUAGGCCAGUUAUCUGUAAACAGAACCAUCCACUUCCUGGAAGCAGUCGAAGAGGUGACCUUGCAGAUCAGUGGCAACCCAGUUGCAGUCAAUGCUCCAACUAACCUGACAGUACUGACUACCGAAGGUUCUGACUUGCAGUAUCGCUGGUCUGUGAAUGGAGAUGCUCUGCAGUGGAACAAACCCUGGAAGGCCCACACCUUCAUCAGUCCUGGCCUAAAGCUAGUCACUGUAGAGGUCUUCAAUGACGUUAGUUCUGUGGUUGUGUCAGAGGUUAUCAGUGUCCAGGAGGUCAUUUCAGGUGUAAGGUUCACAGCUACCAAUGUGACAGAGCAGGGUUAUGUAGCAACAGGCAUCAGCGUCUGGCUCCAGGGUGAAGCACUGACAGGAACCAAUGUGACAUGGACCUGGCUGUUAGAAGGAAAAACAGAAAGAGGAAGGAAUACUUCUCUUAUUUUCCAGGAGCCGAAAACAGCCAUUGUUAUUCUGAAUGCCACCAAUGAUGUCAGUGGGCAAGUGGUUUCCAGAGAGUUCUUUGUUCAGGACAAAAUUCAGGGGUUGGAAUUGAGGGCCAGUAAGAACAUUGCAGCAGUCGGUGACAAAGUCGACUUCACCAUUUCUAUGGCAGCAGGCUCGAACGUUCGUCUCGUCCUUAGUAUCAGCGGAGAUGCCACUUUUACCGCUCAGCCCGACCAAACCUAUACCCGCACAUUCAGCAAGGUGGAUACGUACAUGGUGGACCUCACUGCUCACAACCAGGUUAGUUCCAAGAGGAGGCAUCUUCAGGUCGAGGUGAUGGAGCCAGUCCGUGGACUUUCCAUCCUGGGAAGCUGUGCAGCAAUCCCUGUAGGUGUAAAGAGAACUUUUGUGGCCAACAUCCUGACAGGCAAACCUGUUAGUUUCCUGUGGACUUUUGAUCUGCAGCACCACCACCAGGCACCGCGUAUUGGCAAAGAGGUGUCCUACAUGCCAGAAGAAGCAGGUUUAUUGACCAUCUAUCUGAAGGCCUUCAAUGCACUGCAUGCUCAGAACAUCACCAUGCACAUCCUGGUGCAGAACCUGCUGACAGCUGCUGUGCUGACAGCGCUACCUCAGGACACUUUCAUCAAUAAGACGGUGACCAUGAAGGCUGAUGUCAGACCCAGAUCUAAUCCUGUGAAGUGCUUGUGGGACAUGGGCGAUGGUUCAACUCCAGUUCAAACCAACAACACAACUGUUGGUUAUGCAUACAGUCAUCCAGGACACUAUCGGGUUCAGGUGAACUGCAGUAACCUGGUGAGCUGGGUGUUGGCCCACGUGGAAGUAAACAUCAGUGUGCUAGAAUGUGAGGAGCCAGAAGUGCAGGUGGUUCAAGCCCCCCGCAUGGCCAUCUGGCGUUCCCAGCCCACUUUGGUGGAGGCCAGUGUGGACCUAAAGGGCUGCCUGCGCUACGGAGCUCAAUACCUCUGGCAGAUAUUCUCAGCACCCUCUUGUGAUAAUGACAAAGGCGACAGCACUCAGCCCUCCCUAAUUCGCUUACCGGCUGAGGUGGACGUGCAGCGGCUGCAGCUGUCGUUGCCUAAGAUGGCUCUGCCAGCAGGGAACUACACCUUGGUGUUUUCUCUGUCGUAUGAAAAUGUGCCACUAAGCAAAGCUGCCUGUGUGCAACUCAGUGUCAUGGCUGCCAGGCUGAUGCCCAUCAUAGAAGGGGGCACCUACAGGGUGUGGUCGAGGACACAGGACCUGCAGCUGAGUGCGGAGCAGUCGUACGACCCCAACAUGGAGCCAGACAACCAGUCACUACUCCACUACCACUGGAGAUGUCAGAGCACUUCAAAGGGUACAGAGCACUGCUCCAGUCUGAACUUUGGCCUGGGGUCCAGCGGCCCGGUGCUGGGAAUCUCUGGCUCUGAGCUGGAGGCAGGCGUCGAAUACACUUUCAGACUGACCAUCAGCAAAGACGGCAUGGCACCAGAGUCUACCACACAGACUGUCCUUGUCCAGAGUGGCCAUAUUCCCAUGGUGUAUCUGGAGUGUGUGUCCUGCAAGGCUCAGUCCAUCUACGAGGUCAGCCAGAACUCGUAUGUCUACCUCAGAGGAACCUGCACCAACUGCCAGGGCUUUCAUCGUGGGCGCUGGAGCGCCAUGACGCAGCAGAAUGAGACUCUGGUCCUUGACUCCUCCUCCACCACCACAGGAAGUGACGGUAUGAACCUGGUGUUGCGGCAGGGUGUCCUGCGCCACAGAGACUCCUACAUUUUCUCCCUGCAUGUGACCGACAGCAGUCUGGAUGGCGAGGGCGUCGCCUCCAUCAUGCUGCACCACAAUAUGCCUCCUGCUGGCGGGGAGUGUCACCUGACAUGGGGAGGGGAAGCGGGAGUGGAGUACGGACAAAUUGAAGGCUGGAGGAUACGCACACUGCUGGACCGGGUGCACUUCAACUGCUCAGGUUACAGUGAUUUAGGUGUCUCAGAGACUCCGUUGCUCUACAGUCUGCUGGUAACACGCUGCAGAGAAGACUACUGUGAGGACUUCUGUGUGUACAAAGGCAGCAGUCCAGAGCACUCUGCCUUCCUGCCCCCAGGCUUCAGCUCAGCCCAACACCGUGUAGACAUUUACAUCACAGUGGAGGACCACCAGGGAGCUGCCAUCACUGCCCUCAACGAGACCAUCGAGGUUGUGCUGCCAGACCCGCCCCCCGAGUACAGCAGCCUUCCCCAUUGGCUGUCUGAGCUGACAGACACAAAACUCAAGAAGCUGUUGGAGCAGGGAGACUCCCAGAGGGUCAGAGAGUUAUCACUGGCUCUUAUUACAGUCCUAAAUGAGUACGAGCAGACCAGGGAGCCGGUGCGGGUGUCCCGGGAUGAGCGCGGAUACAGAGUCAGAGUCCGCAGCAACAUCACCAGAGCUCUGACUGCUCUAGACCUGACCACUGUUAAUGACAUCCAGCAGACAUCCGCUGCUUUGGCUCAGUGCACGGCGGUGAGUCGAGAGUUCAUCUGUGAGGAGUGUCAGAACAGCACUCUUAACAAACUGGAGUCCAUGCUUGAGAUACUGCAAAGUGACACCAAACAGGGCACCGUCACUCCCACUGAGAUAGCUGACAACAUCCUGAACAUCAUGGGCGAUCUGAUCCAUCAGGUCAGCCAGUCAGCAUCCCAGUCUUACCUGCAGCCCGCCUACGUGGAUUCCCCCUCUGCCCCAUUCACCUCCUCUCUGUACCCCUCUGGUCAGGAGCAAGGAGGCACCCUGUUAGACCCCUCUCCCCCCUCUCUGGAACCACACCCUCUGCGAGUGGCGGCCAAGGCUUACAAUCUGUCCUCUGUCCUCAUGCUGAUCCUCAUGCACGCCCGUGUGCUCAACGAGGAGCCCCUUGUGCUGAAGGGAGCUGAGAUCGCUGCCACGGGGAAACUGGCCGAUCCUCAGAGCCUGCUCUGUUACCAUGGCAACAACAGUCCAGAGUGCCAGUGGUUCUCCAUCCCACGAGCUUUCAACUACAGUCUUGGCAGAGCUGCUGCAGGAAACAGCAUCAUGCAGCUGCUGUUUCAGGUGGAGUCCAACCCCUUCCCCUUCAACUAUGUGGCGAACUACACCGUCUCUACUGAGGUAGCAUCCAUGGAGUUCCGCACUGAAAAUGGCACCCAUAUUCCCAUCUCCGGAUUAGAUGACAGUCUAGCCAUCACAGUUGCCAUUAACAACGGAAGUAGUGGAACUGAAGCGGGUCCUGAGGGUUCUGGUACUGGAGGGGUCCCCACAGCUGGGACUGUUAACAUCAGCCACUGUGAUUCUGUCAUCGUAAGGGUCAGCACGGGAAACACAAACAGACAGGCAGGGGUGUUUGUGCAGCUUAACUUCACCUCCCUGCAAGACACCAGAGAGAAUGAUAUAAGAGAAAAGGAUGUGGAAGAGCCAUACAUCACAGCCUACCUCCAUUCACACGAAAGACCCAAUGAGUUCAACUGCACGGACAGAAAGCGUAUCACCCUCAGUAUGACCAGAGGGCAAGAUCUUGACCACAGGAAAUACACCUUCUUCCUGUCGCCAGAGUCGUAUGACACCACUCUGGACUACUUCAUCAAUGUGAGCACACCCUGCAGGCCCAAGUCUCAGCCUGUGGGUGUUCAGUUGGAGGUCGGGGUGUUCGCCUCUCUGUGUCAGUACUUCAGUGAGAGUGAGAAGCAGUGGCGGACUGAUGGCAUGGUGCCCCUGGCAGAAACCAAUGCCAGCAGAGCUGUUUGUCGCACCAGGCACCUCACUGCCUUCGCUGCAGGCCUGUUUGUACCAGCCAACGCCGUCAGCUUUCAAGUGCCAGAGCGAUCUGGUGCACCGAGCCUGGUCGUCCUUUUGGUGUGCGUUUUGGGCUUAUUAAGCUAUGUUGUGGCAGCAGCCAUCUUGCACAAGUUGGACCAGCUGGAUCUGCGUCGGGCCGGCGUGGUUCCACUCUGCGGCCGAGAUGGACUCUUUAAGUAUGAGAUCCAGGUCAAGACUGGCUGGAGCCGAGGGGCUGGCACCACAGCUCACGUAGGAAUCAGUUUGUAUGGACGUGAGAGCCGCAGCGGACACCGCCAUCUCGACAGCAGGGGAGCUUUUACACGCAAUGCUCUUGACAUCUUUCAUAUUGCCACAGAUACGAGCCUGGGCAGCGUCUGGAAAAUCCGAAUUUGGCAUGACAACAAGGGUCUGUCCCCAGCAUGGCUGUUGCAGUAUGUCUUGGUCAAAGACUUGCAGACAGGAAGCAGCUACUAUUUCCUGGCUGAGGAAUGGCUGUCAGUCGACAAUGAGAGAACUGACGGACGGGUGGAGAUUGAGGUGGAGGCCUCAGAGGAGGCCGUGCUUCUUCAGCUGCCACGCCUGCUGCGGUGUGAGCUGCAGAGGGCGCUGUGCGAGAGUCACCUGUGGCUGUCGCUGUGGGAGAGACCCCCCCGCAGCCCUUUCACCCGCCUGCAAAGAGCCACUUGCUGUGCUGUGUUGCUUCAGCUCUUUCUAUUGGCCAACACUCUGUGGUACAGCAUUGUGGUGGAUAAGAGAUACAGCCCACGGGCCAUGUCAAGGCUUGCAUCAUUAAAUGGAGAGACGGUGGCAGCAGGUAUGGUGACCUGUCUGAUUGUCUACCCUCUCUACCUGCUCAUCUUCACGCUGUUCAGAAUGAGCCGCAGCAAGUGUGUGUCUGUGGAGCAGGUGCCACCACAAGUAGACCAGGAGUCAGUGGAGAUUGAUGACUUCCUGGACAACUCCAUGGCUGGAAGUUCCUUCCUUUUCUUUAAUGGCGAGACCAACUCAGAGGAAACCAACGUGGAUUUGCCCACUCCGUCAACCAAAAGUGUGGAGAGUUGGGGCCUGGCAGAGGAGGAGAUGGAGGACAGGGACUGGCCAGAGCUGUUGAGUGAUGUGUCUGUGGUGGGAGGGGCAGGGCAUGGUGCAGGGCUGCCCAGGCUGAAGAGGGGUCAGGGGAGCAGGCAUUUGGGUGUCGACAUGACCUUUAACCCGGACGAGGAGGAGGGGGCGGACCAACGCAACAAGUAUUUCACCUCCUCAGACGAGGAUCUGAUCAAACACAUCCUGACAGACGGACAGAACUUCUUUCCUCAGGCAGAUGAAAGUGAGAUGGCUGACCUGUCGAGCAUUUUCGGGGACAAGACUGAAGUGAUUCUCCUCCAGAAGCUGAAUGAGCCGCUUCCUCUAGAGUCUGUGAGAAGAGACCCACCGAAAACUGCUUUCACCUCGAACACAGUUGUGACAGAUGUGUGUCGUCCCCGGCGGUUUCCUCCCUGGUGUGGACGUGUCGCCCUGUGGGGCAGCUGGGUGGGGAUCGCUCUGGCCAGUGGUGUUUGCAUUUGGGCGGGCCGCGGGUUCAGUCAGAGUGUGGCCAUGAUGUGGCUUGUCUCCUGUUCUGCCAGUUUCUUGUGCUCCUGUCUGCUGCUGGAGCCAAUUAAGGUGUUGUGUGAGGCAGCUUACUACGCACUGUGUGUGCAUCGCCUGCGUCCGGAGGACCAGGAUGUGCUGGUGGAGUUCCCCCGGGUGGAGAGAGUGGUCCAACGUGUCCCCAGGGUGAGACCGCCACAAGGCUUUGCUCUGUCUCAGGCUCGACAUCAGGCCCGCAAGGUGCACAUGCUGCACACCAUGCUGAAGAAUUUCCUGGUUUACAUGUUUUUCCUGUUGGUGGUUUUGCUUCUCAACUACUCUGACUCAGCCAAAGACACACACAGCCUGAGACUGCGCACUCAGCUGCAACGAGCACUCCACACACCUGAGUACCACAACAUCAGCAGCCGAGAUGAUGUUCUGAUAUGGCUGAAUGACUCCCUGUUGCCGCGGUUACUGGAUGACUAUGCCCUCUUGAGGAACACAGGAAGUGUGUUACUCGGCACACUGAGGCUCCGUCAAAUCCGAGACACACCUGUUGCAGGCAGUUCCAGAGCAGGAGACGGUAUUUGGGGAAAGGGCUGGGUGACAUCUCCAACUACAGUCACUGAGAAUUUCACUGCUUUCGGAACAAGUGAAACAAAUUGGGUGGGGCGUUCAGGUCAGAUGGGGGUGAAUAACAGUGAACAUGUUGUCCACCAGCUGAACAGAAGCCUGCGGGAAGCCUCUUCCUCUUUACAGCAGCUGCAGCAGCUGCACUGGCUCGACUAUAGAACCCGUGCUGUGUUUGUAGAGUUCUCGCUCUACAACAUCAAUACCAACCUCCUGGCUGUCUUCUCCUUCCUGUUUGAGUUUCCAGUUUCUGAGCGUGCCCAGUCCAGCCUUGACCUCCUUGUCAUCACUCUGUGGCCAAUAACAGGCCUGGACCUGCAACUCCUUCUCAUGGUCGUCCUGCUUGCCCUGGUGUUGUACUUCCUGGUGCGGGGGAUCAUGGGCUUCCUCAGAGAGGGCUAUGCGUACUUGCUGUCAGCCUGGAGACUGCUGGGCAUAUGUAAACUGGCUCUGGCGGCAUCUGUGUGCGGGCUACACUUGAGCCGCUGCAUCAUGGCCACGCAGCAGUGGGCAUCGUAUGUGAAGCAACCGCGGGACGCCUUCACAGACUUUUACCCCCUGGCCAGACAGAGUCAGAUGUAUUCAGUCAUGUCUGCAUUGCUGCUGUUCAUACUGGUGCUCAAGGCGUCCCACCAGCUGCGGUUCCUCAGAGAGUGGGCUGUGUUUGGCAGAGCUCUGCGGCGUUCAGUCUGGGAGCUGCUGGGAGUCGCCCUGGCGUUGCUGCUGUUGGUGCUGGCUUACUCACAUGCUGGACACCUGCUCUUCCACUCUGUGUUGGAUGGCUACGGCAGUGUGAGCUCUGCCUGUCUGUCUUUGCUGGGUGCCAGUGGACGUGCUCUGCUAUCAUGGCGUCCUGGCUGGACCACUACUGGUCCCUCAAACACUAUCUCCUCGCUGGUGUUCCACACCAGCUUUGCCAUACUUAGGUUGGUGUUGCUGUGGUUACUGACAUCCAUGUUACUGAGGAACUACCGACGCGCACGAGCAGAGCUAUACCGUCCAGCUGUGGAUCUCCAAGACUACGAGAUGGUUGAGCUGUUCCUCAGACGACUCAAAAUGUGGAUGGGACUGAGCAGGGCCAAGGAGUUUCGUCAUAAGGUGCGUUUCGAGGGCAUGGAGCUGCCACCAUCACGUUCGUCUUCCACCAGUGACUGUAAGUCUCUGUGCUUGCCACCGCUGGACGGUCGUGAUUCCCCUCCCACCCCUGACAGCGUCGAUGCGGGCUCCGAGGCCUCAUGGCGCCCGGCCUCCUCCAGCCCUUGCAGCCUGACAGAAGCGCCAGGGAUCGGCCUUGGACUCGGGCUGGGCCUGGGUUUGGGGCUCGGUCCAGGAGUGGUGAUGGGUAGUACCAGCUGGAGGGAGAGAGCAGAGACUGAAGCCUCUCUGAGGAGGCUCCUCCCCACUCUGGAUGCACUGCUGCAACAGCUUGAUCGUGUCACCGUGGCAACAGAGGAUCUGUACCACAUUGAGUGCAGACUGGAACGAGCCCAGAGGAAAAAGAGGCGCAGGGCAAGAGAGAGGGGAGGUGGUGGACACGGAGGGAAGAGUGAGGUGGGACAUAGAGGGAAAGGGGGAGAGAAGGACUCUGCUGGAUGGAGAGAACGAAAGAGUGGCAAAGAAAAACACAAAGGGAGCAAAAAGGGGAAAAAAACUGUUAAAAGUGAACUUCCAAAGGACUGUGGAAACACUGCUACCAUCCCUAAAAAGACUCCAGCAGCCACACCUGUUCCCUUUUUAAAGCCCAGACCAGCUUCUGGCACUGUAUAUACGUCCACUCCUCAAUCAUCAGCCAAACCUUCAUUCAGUGCAUCUGCACCAGUCAUAGAUAAAUCUGCUUCUGACUCCUCAUCAGCAAACACACACCCCUCCCACAUCACCCUGCCUAAAACACCCGCUGCACCUCCCUGUACUCCUGCACCCACCCCUUCCCUGCCCUCUACGCCUGCCCCUACACCCAGUAUUCGAGACUGGGACCCCCCCACUGAGAGAGAGACCCUCCCUUCCUCCAGCCUGUUCAACCAUCCAGCUCACACUACCACCAUUCCUACACGCAAGCGAAAGCGCAAACCACCACCUCUCAAAAACAAGGUGCACCCCAACCUAGACAGGCACGGCCCUGGACACCCCAAAUCCUGAGGAUCCUGGAUAGAUGGACCAACAAAAGUGAAGGGUGGAGCAAAGGAAUAUGAGAGUGAAUGUUGGGUUAAGGACGAGAAGAGGACGGGGACAGCGGGUUUUGUCCCCACGUGCUCCUCUCUAAAUCCAGGGAAAGAAGAGAAAAUAACAAAUGGAAAAGUAAUAAAAUCAAGCACAGGAAGUAAAAAAAGAAGAAUAACGGAGACAAGCAGUUUGGGGUAUUGAAAGAAAUUAACAGAAAGCAAUAAAAUAAGACUUUGCAGGUUUAUGAGUAGCAAUUUGUCGAAAUAUCAGUUCAGUUCUCCUAGAAACAAGGUGCAGGUCGCCAGAUGUUAACUGAGCUGGUCUAGUCAGCCACAAAAAGAGCAACAUUGAAACCAAGAAAUACUCCUGGUCCUUAUUUCCCCUGGACUAAACCUGACCCCUGAUCCCAUGAGACCCUGGAGGUCACGUGGUGUCGCUUGACAGGAGCACAUGACUGUGCUCAUCCUCUACCAACUGAAAGCAGACAAUGCGGUCAGUCUUUUUGUGUAUCUCAGAAAAUUGUGUCCAUGUCUCGGUCAUGUUGUCUGUCUACAUAUUUUGAUAUUUUAUAUUUCGGUUACCAUGGGUACUUUUUGUGGCCUGUCUGAAAAUAGUCGCGUUUUAUGGACCCACAGAUAUACGCACAUGCAGGCACAGGCAUGCAUAGAAAUAACACUGUAGGCACAAAUGGGCUUAUGUGUCACACACUUCAGUCCACCAAGGUACAAGAAAACACACACACACACACAUACACACACAUACAAGGUUGUUGGUAUCUCAGCAGCCAGUUCUUCAGGGUGCUGACACAACCGUCCAGAGUGGAAAAAUGAAAAUGAUACAAAGAUGAAGGGAAGCCACAAGAGGUUAGAUGAAGGAAGUGUUAGCAAGUGGUUUUAGCGCACAACCAAGUAGCGAGGGGUGUUAGUGAGAAGACGGACAGAAGAAAAGAAGGAUAAAGAUAAUGCUUGGUGGAGAAGUUCGCUUAAAGAUAAAAGUUGAGGAAGGAGGAGGGAUUUACCUUUUGCUUAUACAGUUCUACCAUCAUAAAGCUAUAAUGACUCCCAGUCUGUUUAUCUUUCACAAUGAUGUUUGUUUUUUUUUUUUAAACGUGUUGUGUUCAAUAUGGUUGUGAUUUAAAAGCACUUUUGUUCUGGUGUAGAUUAUUUCUUGGCAAGGUGUGGUGUAACGUAAUAAGCUUCACUCAUACUGUAUCUUUAUUAUAAAUGUUUCCAAAGCUUGUGCAUCAUUUAUGCAUUCCAAGUUUUACCAUGCCGAGCGAUCCUUGUACUUAGCACUUUAUUUCCUAAUGGAGCUGAUAUCCAAUGCCAUGUUUGACUUGUGUGUCAAGUUUUCAUUUAAUAUCUUAACAGCUACAUUAUAGAAGCAUACUAUUAAGUAUUAUCAAGGUGUUGAAGCCAUAGCUAGUAAUGGUGUUUGUACCUUUGUGUGCUCUUGAUAGAGUUGUUGUUUUUUAAGUCUUACUUUGAUCAACAUACGUACUUCCUGUGUCCUGUGGGCAGUUCUCAGGGAACCCACCAUUUUCCUCAAAUCCUGGAAUGAUAUCCAUAAACACCAAAACUGGGGGCAAAGUAGGUGCUUUAAAUAAUCUAAGGAAAUUGUAUAUUGUUUUGAAAAAAUGGAAAUGAAAAAAAAGGCCAGUGUUGCAGGGGUGCUGACGGGCAUACAAAGCGUGAUUGAAACCCUGUCCAGUUGUCCAGUCAAACACCACCAUUACACAUUGUAAAGCAAAAUGUUAACACCCCUUAACAAUUUUAUUUUGAAACAUCAAACCUUUUUCCUGUCCAAAAUGUUGUGUAUGAUCUCACAAGUUUCAAGGACCAAAAAAAAGACACCCCCCCACACACACACACUUCGUCUGUGUGCGUACAUUUGUGUAUAUAUCGGUGCUUUGUGAUGUACAUAUUUUUGCUUUUCAUGAUCAGUGUUGUUUAUGUGCCGCAGCGGUGUAACCACAGGUCAAGCACUGGCAUUGCAAACCCCAUAGUUUCACUUUGAAGCACUAAAGCCAAAGCUAUCGUUCUAUUUAAUGCCACUUACAGACCAGCGGAGGCUCAGCAGUCAACAUUUAACACCACCUCCGGCCUUCAUGUCUCUGCUCUGUGUACAGCAUGUUAACAAGGUAGUACCAAAGCCCACUGUCUUGUCUCUGAGCUGUCUGUGUUGUACGAUGCGUUUUGUUUUGAAAAGGUGUUAGAAAUGUCUUUGAAAACAUUUGUCUAUUCUCUUCUUUGUAUCUCAUAUAUGUAUUUUGCAUUUGUAGCACUUCUCCUGCUUUUGCACUUGACAAAGUCAAAUAAAGAGUUUGACAGCUGAACUGUGCAUAAUAAAAUGGUGUUGAACACUAAAAUUAAAUACAAAAA